UAUAAACAAAAUUGAACAAACAAAUGAUUCAAAAUGAAUUUUAAACGUGGAAAAAAGUUACAUCUUUCAUGAUAAUGGCGGGAAUUUUCGAUUUAAAUCCGUGGAUUAUAAGAACGUCGUUUAUGUAUGAUUUAUAUUUACAUCCAAUAAAUGAAAUACCAUGUGACAUGAAAUAAACAAUUUCAUUGAUCGGUUAACGUUAAUAAUGCAAUCAUUAAUUGUCCGUUCCGUUUCGAUUCUGAGAUUAUCAUCUCAAUUAAUUAGCCAAAACUCAUUGAAAAGAUUUAUUGGAUCAAAAAUUUAUGAUCAAUUAUCUUCGAAAGGAUUGUUUAGUUCAUAUUUUCCACAAAGUGCUAAUAUCAAUGAAUUUUUAUCACGAAAACAGAUAAUUUAUGCCGGUUUUGAUCCCACCAACAAAAGCCUUCAUGUUGGAAAUCUUUUAGUAUUGAUUUCAUUAUUUCAUUUGCAUCAUCAUGGUCAUCGAAUCAUUCUACUCAUUGGUGAUGCUACGGCUCAUAUUGGUGAUCCUUCGGGUAAAGUACAGGAACGACCUAUUCUUUCUGACAAUCUUAUCGAUUCGAAUGCCUGUGGUAUUGAACAAGACAUUCAACAAGUCUUUGAUAAUUAUCGGAAAUAUUUUGCUAAACAUGUUGCUGAUGAUCGAGAAUUUGUCAUUCUUCGUAAUAGCGAAUGGUUUAACAAAAUGAAUGUUGUUGAUUUUAUCAACAAAUAUGCUCGAUAUCUUCGUAUGGGUGAUAUGUUAAACAAAAGUGCCAUUCGAGAGCGAUUAGAAUCACCAAGCGGUCUAAGUUUUGCAGAAUUUGCCUAUCAAACUUUUCAAGCAUAUGAUUGGUAUCAUCUCUUCAAACAAUAUGGAUGUCGAGUACAGGUUGGUGGUGUUGAUCAAACAGUGAACAUUCAUAAUGGUUAUGAUUUGAUCAAGAAAAUUGAUCAACAACUUCCAUGUGGAUUAUUCAUUCCAUUAAUUACGGACAAUAAAGGAAAUAAAAUUGGCAAAUCCGAAGGUAAAGCUGUAUUUUUAAAUCCAGAAAUGACGACACCAUUUGGACUUUAUCAAUAUUUUAUGCGAAUACCCGAUCGUGAUAUCAACCGUUUAUUAAAAUUAUUUUCAUUUCGGCCAUUGGCCGAAAUCGAAACGUUGAUACUAAAUCAGAUGAAAAAUCCAAAACCAUGGCAAUUACAGAAACGCUUAGCCGAAGAGAUGACAUUACUGGUACAUGGACAAAAUGGUUUAGAUCAGGCAAAACGAAUAACAUCAGCAUUGUUUGACAAAAAUCUUGAUCAAUUAGGCAACCUUAAUGAACAAGAAAUCAACGAUGUAUUUGACGGUGUUCCUAUCAUUCAUAUGGAAUUUAUCGAACAACAAACUACCGUACUAAACCUGGCGAUGCAAACAAAUUUUUUUCAUUCCGAAAUUGAAGCAAUCAAUACGAUUAAGGAUGGUGGUUUUUAUAUUAAUUAUAAUCGUCAUUCUAAAGCGGAUGAUUUGAUUGAAAAUAAGCCAGAACAUAUAUUAAAAAAUCAUAUUACGAUAGUUAGCUUGGGUAAACGAAAUCAUUGUUUAAUAAAAUGGUUAUAAUGAAUAAAAUUAAGCUUUCCAUAA